UGUCCUUCCUCACAUUCGCCAAUGUUUCAGUGCUCUCUGUGGUUCUCUCCCUUUCUCUCUCUCUGGGUGGGAUCAGUAACGCAUCUCUGACAACAUGAGGACCCUCAUGAUUCCACUGUGUCUGCUGAUGCUGCUUAUCUCUGAGAAACUGAUCUCUUGUGCUCCUCCUCAUGUCACCACUCCUCAAUGCUGCACUCAUUGUCUUCCCCCCUCGGUGAAGAUUCCAGUGCUGCGGGUUGUGUCGUACAGGACUACUAACAACAGCUGCUACACCAAGGCUUAUGUGUUUAAAACAAAAGCCGGGAAGGAGAUAUGUGUCAACCCAGAUCUGCCUUGGGUAAACAGGAUUGUCAAAAAGUUGAAGAAACCAGUGUGGGCUUCGAUCAACAAACACCAGCAGCACUAAUGAUAACAGAGAUGUUUUUCUGACUACCUCCAUAUGUGAUAGGGGAUCACAUUUAACAUCUAAAUAUGUGUCAUUUAUAUUUGUGCAGUAUGUCAACAUGUACUCCGCUCAGUGUUCGCUCAGAAGUAACGAAAUACAUGUAACAGCAUAUACAAAAUAUGAGUAACUGUAUUUGAAUAUGGUUACAAAUUAAAUGGGUAUAUUUAAACCAUAGCCUAUGCAUCUCUCAUGUGAGUC